GCCAGAUCACAGUCCUCCCUUCUGCUCCGCGUCGGGAAUCACACACUCUUCUCCCCCAGAUAAGGACAGAGAAAGCCAAAAGAGUGAAGGAAAGAGGAUAAAAUGGAUAAAUGAAGUGACUGGGUGGAGGCAAAACCUUUCUGAAGGAGAGAGAUUUCUAUAAAUACAAGGCAGCUUACUCCCUGCAUUUUUCUCUCUCUCCCCCUUCUUUUUUGCAGUGUCCCUUUCUUCAUCCAGUACCUGUUAUAUGGGAUUAACAUGACUUAAAAUUCAAUCAGCCUACAGACUGACGGAAGAGCGACAGAGGAGGCAGACAGAGCGCUGCAGCUGUCGAGACCGAGUUAGGGGACGACCAGCGGGAGGAGAGAGAGAGAGAGAGAGAGAGAGGAUAGACAGUGCAAGGUAGAGAUAGAGAGAAAGAUGGGUGUUUUUCCACGGAGCUGAGAUAGAGAGAGAACCGCGGACACCGGAAGAUGUGGCGGUUCCAGAAGUCAUGGUGGAAUGAUCCGGAAAACAAGGUGUCUAGCCAUUCCUGCAGCUCACUCUCAAACCUCCCUCUCUGCACCUAACUCCAAGGUCAUCAGUGAUAAAUGAACAACUAACUCAAAGUGGGAGAACAAACACGGACACGGAUCACACCCCGUAGAGCGCGGAAGCCCCAGUGACACCCCCCCGGAAAAUACCCCCAAAAGGGGGACAAACUGAAUGUGUGAAAUAAUCAAGCAAUAGGAGAGAAAGCCAGAUGAACAAAUAAGACAUAGUGCUGUAUGAGUGAGGGCAGGAAUAAAAGAAGGAGAAAGGGGGGGAAGGAGGAGGAAGAGGGUGAGGAGGGGAGGUGAAGAUCACCGCCAACUCCAGGACUCCUGUUCUCUCCCGAAGAACUGCUCUGCACACAGAGAGAAGUUGAAUACAGCCAUGAGGGAAUCAUAUCUAAACACCAUAAAUAGGAUUUAAAGCAACGUGGAUUUGUGAUUUCUUUUCAAACUGAGAUCUCUCUUUUGGAAUAUCAAACUAGGAUUGAGCAAGUAAUUCAGGAUUUUUCAGGUUUUCUUCAUCUACAGAAGCCUAAGAGGAUAUUGUGGGAUCGGAAUUUCUGCAACUGUCUGGUUUUCUGACACUGCCCUACAUCCACCUCCUUUUGAUGUGUGUGGGGGCGUGUGUGUGUGAACGGGAGUAGGACAGCUUGCAGCACAAACACACAAUCCCCCAGCCCCCCCGCAUCCCUCCCGCUGGCCCAGCACAAGGAGAAACACCUGGGGCGAGAUCUGUGCUAAACACUCACACACACACACACACAAACCUGGAUAACAUGUGGAGCUGAUUUGGAUUAUAGAGCCGCACAGACGGAAAAGGUCUGUGGAUCGCCAGGCAUUCUACCAUGCCUGUCCCCCCACCCUUCAAUCCCCGCAGACCAAAGCACCUGCCCGACGCCCACCUCCACCUCCAACAAAGGGCAGAAGGUACCACCUUCCCCUCCCUCUUCCCUCCAUCCAUCCUCUCUCUUUCUCUUCUCCCCCCUCUCUUCGUCUCGUCUUUGCCCUCCUCAUCUCAUCUCGUCCACUGCGCAUGCCCGAGGGCCACCAAGAGAACUCGUCCCGACUUGGCCCCUUUCCAGGCGUUUCACUGGCUGACUCUGGUCACAUGCUGCCUGCUGCCUUCUCUGAUUGGAGCAGGGGAGACGUGGGGCGUGGUCUCGGCCUGUCCCUUCCACUGCGUGUGUCGAAACCUUUCCGAGUCGCUCAGCACGCUCUGCGCCGACAAGGGCCUCCUGUUUGUCCCCCCGCACGUUGACCGCCGCACCGUGGAGCUGCGCCUGGCUGACAACUUCAUCACGGAAGUGGGCGGGAUUGACUUUGUCAACAUGACCGGAUUGGUUGAUUUGACUCUGUCGAGGAAUACCAUCCACCUGAUCCGACCAAUGACAUUUGGUGACCUGGAGAGUUUGCGCUCGCUGCAUCUGGAUGGCAAUCGCUUGACAACACUUGGACCCAGAGACCUCGCAGGUUUGGUCAAUCUGCAACACCUGAUCGUCAACAACAACCAGCUGAUCAAAGUCUCUGUCCAGGCCUUUGACGACUUCUUGCUCACACUGGAAGACCUCGACAUGUCCUACAACAACCUCAGGAGGGUGCCAUGGGAGUCCAUUCAGAACAUGGCCAGUCUGCACACACUCAACCUGGAUCAUAACCUGAUAGACCACAUAGCCGAAGGUGUCUUUGGAGAGCUUUACAAGCUUGCAAGGCUGGAUAUGACGUCCAACAGGCUCCGGACCCUCCCUCCUGAUGCCCUGUUUGCAAGGUCCCAGACAGGUGCAAUAAGUCCCACCCCCUACAAUGCUGUUAUAAGCUUAAAUUUCGGUGGGAAUCCUCUGCACUGCAACUGUGAACUGCUUUGGUUACGUCGGCUUAUCCGUGGGGACGACAUGGAGACAUGUGCCACACCUCCACACCUGGCUGGAAGAUAUUUCUGGUCGAUUCCUGAGGAGGAGUUCACAUGUGAACCACCUCUCAUCACGCGUCACACUCACAAGCUGUGGGUGCUGGAGGGGCAGCGAGCCACGCUAAAAUGCCGUUCCAUCGGCGAUCCAGAGCCAGUAGUCCACUGGGUUUCACCAGACGACCGCAUCAUUGCAAAUUCCUCCCGGACCAGCUCCUUCAGUAAUGGGACUUUGGAUAUGUUGGUAACAGUUGUCCGGGAUGACGGGGAAUAUACAUGUAUCGCAAUAAACGCAGCGGGCGAAGCAACUGCCACCGUGGACCUGAAAAUAAUCCCCCUGCCUCACCGGGGCGGAGCAGGAGGAAACACAGGGAAUAACAACGUGAACACCAAAAACAACAGGAACGUGACCAGUGGGAUUUUACGGACGGAUCCGGGCUCCUCGGAUAUCAGCACAGGGAAAAACGGAGGGAUUAACAACGGCGCAGGACGUGGAGGGGAGGUGGAGGAUGGAAGGAGAGGUGGUGAGGAAGAGGAGGGCGACAGCAGCAGGGCCUCAGAAGGGGAAAGGGCCGACGGCGGGAGCAUGGAGGACGACGUGGACGACGAGGACGAAGAAAGGAUGGUUGGAGUACAAGGGGUCACUUCAACCUCAGCUCAGGUCCGAUGGGAUAUGGGGCGUUUGUCUGCUGCUUACGUAGUCUGGAUGUAUCAGAUACAGUACAACUGCACCGCCGACGAGACCCUCAUCUACAGAAUUCUACCACCGACCAGUGACCGCUUCCUGUUGAAGAACUUGGUUUCCGGUGUGGACUAUAACCUGUGUGUGCUGGCCAUUUUCGAUGACACUAUCACAUCAUUAGCAGCGACUAAAGUGCUGGGCUGCGCCACGUUCUCCACCAAGGAUGUUUACCCAGCAUGCCGCUCUCUGCAAGCCCAUUUCCUUGGAGGUACACUGACCAUAUUGGUUGGUGGCGUGGUUGUGGUCACCCUGCUCGUGUUCACGGUGGCGCUCAUGGUUCGCCACCGCGUUUGCAAUCAUGGCGACCACAUGAUAUGUCACAACGGCAACACGGAAGCAGGAGGGGGGGCCUGCUGUCAGGGUGGAGGGGGCGAGGAUAAAGGGGGAAACAGUGGCGGGUGCUACCAAUCAAAUGGUUCCGGGGACAUGAUGAUGGUGGUCCUGCCCAAUGGCCUGCCGUCAAAAAGAGGAGGGGAGACGGACAAGGAGAAGGAAAAGGAGAAUGUGAAGGAAGACUCUGCUCCAAAACUCCCUCCAAAGCCCAGGCCCAAACCUAGAGUCAACCUGGAGCAUUUUCUUUCAGCUGGGGGUGUUGUUUCCAUGACGACAGGGGCAGUAGGUGAGAUGGCAUUGGUGGUGAGGCAAAGGAAGCUGGACAAGGCGCCGCCAUACACCCCUGAAAGUGACAGAACUCCCCUCUACUACUCCCCUUCAUCCACCCUGCCCCGUCAGUCACACUCCAGGGACCGCCCCAAACCCCGUCUGGAGCGAGAACUUACCAAUCGUGCCAGUUUCUCUCUGGCUGCCCCCCUGAGAGACUCAGAGCUGUCGGACUGGAGAAUCAGUCCCCGAAGCAGGGACAAAUGGAACUCCUCACAGGCUUAUCAGAGCCCUCUAUCCCCUCUAAGCCCUGUCUGCGGGGCCGUUAGCAAACGGCGGCACUCUCUGGAUAUGGGCAGCUCUGUUGCCCUAGCGACCGAUGCUGCCACGACGGUAGCCAAGCACUAUGGUGCUGUCAAUUACGCCAAGCGACUGAGCGUGAUCUGGACGAGGAGGAGCCAGUCUCUCCAUGGAAUGCUAGUGCAGUGCGCCUCGACGACAAGCACAACGUCUUCGACCAGCGAUGAGGAAGGUGGCGGGGGCUUUGGGGCACGCUGCCAGUUUCAACAGGGAUACAUCCACGCUUACAACACCACCAACUCCAACUCUAACACUGGGAUCAGUACUGGGAAAGCGAGCAAUGUAAAAGACAGGGGGAGGCAAACAGGGAAGGAUGGAAAGAGUGCUGAGGAACUGGAGGAAAGUGUUGUGUAGGGGUUGUAAAAACGUUAAGAGGGAUAAAGGGUCUGUGAGGCCGUUUCAAUGGGAUCUUAGUUUUAGCAGGGCAAAGAGGUGGAAGAAGGAGCAGGACAGGGGAGUUGAAGUGGUUGCAGAUGAGGAGCGGAAGGUUGGGAAUUUAGACAAAGGGAGAAGAGCAAAAUUGAGUUGAGUCUCACUUGUGCAGCUCCUUGAUUUUCCCUGGGAGAAGUCAAAAAAAGAAAGGGGGGUAGUACACCUGGAAGUCAGGUGAAGAUUUCUAACAGGGCUGAAGAGUGAUGGGCGGAAAAAGGAGUGGGUAGAGAGAUGUGACAGAAAAGGGAGAGAGUGGGAGAAACGGCUGAGUGCUCUAAAUACUCAAGGCUGAGCUCAAGCUGUAUUAUUCAAACAUAAAUGAUACAAGAUAGAAGAGAAACAAGGAAUUCAAAAACUCAACCCAAGAGUUGAAAGAAGAGACAAUGUAGUGAGUGAUGGAUACAGUCGCAGAGGGAGAGACCUAAUCAAACAGGGAACACAUCAAUCGAGCAACAGAACAAAGGUGACAUGGCAGAGACAGAGAUGGCGUGAGCUCAGCGUGGAUCCCAGUAAAGCCGAUACACUAAUAGAACCAGACUCUUGCUAACACUUCAACUCUCCAGGGCCUCAGCCCCCACACCGGUUUACACAGGAUCAAAAACAACAGCACAACCCGGAACACAGGAGAAACACUCGUCUCUGACACAGCACAACAGUGAAACAAAAAGAGAGAUUUGGAUGACAAAGUCCUGCUUUGUCAUCUUUGUUUUUUUUUAAGACUCCAACACUGACGGACAUUUUCAAACUCUUUUCCAAAACGCAAUGAAUGUGACUUUUAUGUGUCCUCUGUGGCCGGAAAAUGAUUUUGGCUUGCCGUGCCAGCGGAUUAUGGGAGCAUAAAUACAGAGCCGGGUGCAUUGGACAUGAUCAAUCGAUACUGGCUGGAAAGAGCGAGUACAGCACAGACAGUAUUAAAAGAAAGAAACUGGGAUUACAAUGGAGUCGAUAUGGAUAACAAAAUGGAGACAGGAGUGCAUGAUGAAACGUGCGCAUUUCUGAAAGACGGGACCGUAUUGGAUGAUAACGGACCAGACAAACGAACAAUGCUAAGUGUGCAUGCAUUGUUGUAUCAGGGACAGGAUGUGUGUAUGUGUGCCUAAGUGUGUGUUAGUCUGCGCACAAGUAUAUGAAUGUGUAUAAGUGGCAACUCAGUCAACCAGACUCCAUUUGUGUUGAAUAAGGUUUAGCGCUUUCUGGACAUGCUGUAAACAGAAUAAAUGUUUAAAUAAUAUUGAUGAAGAUUAGCAGCGGCCUGCCCAAAGUGAACCAAGAGCAAAAUGUUUCCAGCCAUGUAGCAUGGUCAGAAAGCGGAAAACGUUGAGGGGGAUUUCAAAUUUAUUUUUUGUGACUUCAGACUCCUUUGUGCCACAUGGAUUCACUUUUGAUCCAAAUAGUGAAUGUUUUCAGAAAGGAAGCAGAUAAAAAAAA